AUGUUUAAAACAUUAUCAAGUAAAGCUGCUAGUUUAUUAGAUCAAGAAUUGAUGUCAACUGGUGCUUUCUCAAUAGAUCAAUUAAUGGAAUUGGCUGGUUUAGCAGUUGCAAAAUCAAUUUUUAAAGAAUAUCCACCUACAAAAUUUCAAAAUUGUUUAAUAUUAGCUGGUCCAGGUAAUAAUGGAGGAGAUGCAUUAGUAGCUGCUCGACAUUUAAAAUUAUGGAAUUAUAAUCCAAUAUUAUAUUAUCCAAAGAAAUCAAAAAGUAAUCAGUUAUAUUUAAAUAUAGCUACUCAAUUGCAACAAUUGAAAAUUAAAGAAAUUGAAUCAAUAGAAGAUUUUAAACUGACUGCAAGUAGUACUGAUUUAAUAGUUGAUGGAUUGUUUGGUUUCUCAUUUAAACCUCCAAUUAGAGCACCGUUUGAUGAAACUAUAAAAUACUUAUCAGAGACUAAAAAUUUACCACCUAUUGUUUCAAUUGAUGUACCUAGUGGUUGGGAUGUAGAUGAAGGUGCAAUAUUGGAACAUAAUAUUAUUCCAUCUUUAUUGAUUAGUUUAACUGCUCCAAAACCAUGCGCUAGUAUAUUUGUUGAAAAGAAUAAAAAUGGUAAGCAUUAUUUAGGUGGUAGAUUUAUAAAUGAAGAGAUUGCAAAGAAGUACGAUAUCGAGGAAUUGAUUAAGAAAUAUAAAAAUGAUGAUUUGGUCGUUAAAUUAUAA